AUGUGUCCCCACUUCUAUCGAAUUUCAGCAUUCGACAGAAUUCAAAACCUGAAUUGGAAGGGGCUUACUUUGACCGGAAGUGGAACUAUAGAUGGCCAAGGGGCAGGUUCAUGGCAAGACCGAACGGGAGUAGCUGCACUCAAGUUUUAUACUUGCCCGAACCUAGUACUUCAAGGAUUGACACAUAUCAAUCCUCAAAAGGCCCAUAUCAUUUUGACAAAAUGUGAUGGAGCAAACAUCAAUAGCAUCACUAUAACUGCACCUGAAGAUUCCCCUAACACGGAUGGUAUCGACAUUGCUAGCUCAAACCAUGUUCAAGUCCAGAACUCCAAAAUUGGAACAGGUGACUUCGACACGGUGUCAGAAGUACAUGUGCGAAGUUGUAAUUUUACAGGAACCAACACUACUGGAAUUAGGAUCAAGACAUGGCAGACCGGUACCAGUGCAGUGGCAAUAAGCGAUGUAUCAUACACCGGAAUAAUUGGGACGUCAAGUGGAGACGAGGUGAUGUCUUUGAAUUGUGGUACCGAAAGUUCAUGCAACAAUAUUGUGCUUGAUGAUGUCCACCUAAAGACCUCAGAUCCAACGAAGACGGCUUUUGUUCGUUGUGUCAAUUUUAAUGGAAGAGCAUCGAAUGUAGAGCCUUCCCUUGACCAAUGCCUGAACUCCUGA